AUGUUCUCUUCCACCAUCCCCACAAGCCAGGGCGGCAUGCGCCAACGCAUCAAUAUCACUGGCCUAAGGCACAGCUCCUACCAAAAACAAGCGAGCAUACCACAACUCCCUUCUCGUCAGUUCAUGGGCGUAUCACAGUCGCCCAUCCAAACUAGCUUCGGAGCUUAUGGUGGGUUUCCUUCUCCGGGUGUAUCGCAACCAUUCUGCCCUUCUCCUUAUCCCGGCGUCGCUGCUAGUACUCGCUUUUCUACUGGUAACGUCCCAUACCAGCAACAAUUUUUCCCUCAAACUCAACCCUAUAGGGGUCAGUAUAGCCUGGAUGCCUUCACGCCACCAGUGCAGAGCCAUUUUAUGGCUAAAAAUGCUGUGAGUACUUUCGCGCCGCCUCGUCGGCAGGUACAACAGCAGCAGGUACAGCAACAACAGCAACAACAACAACAGCAGCAGCAACAACAACAAAGAGAUCUCGUUGUUACUGCAUGCAGCGGUGAGUAUGUCGAUCUCAUUGGAGAUGACGAAGAAGAGGUGCAAACAACACUACCAGUAGCCCCAAACGUCCCCGUCUCCGCCGCCCAAAAAUCGGCUCUCUCUACCCCUGAUUGCAUUUCCUCCCCUGAGGCAGUCAAACACCUCAGCGAACGGGUCAGUCACUUAAAGCUAACCAUCCACGAGCGCUUCUACCCUUGCGCUUUCCGCCUGCUCCGCAGUUUCAAUUACCUGGACAUAAAGCGGCGACGUAAGUACUGCGCUUUAUUCUGGCCUUCGAACGAAGCCGCUCGUGAAGAUAUGCUCGAGAUGGCCAAACUCUCUCCGGAGUUUUCAGUCAUAUAUACCUACCGGAUGGCAUGGCACUCGAGGGAGACGAAAUCCAAAAAGGACGAGGACCCUGAAUUCGUGAAGAAGAGAAUCUCGGAUGAGCGCGCUGAGCUCCAAAGAACCUGCAAGCUAGCCUUGCAAGAUAGGAUAAGUGAGGAGGGAUUGAGCCAACUCCACCAAACGCUCACCACUACCAAGGGAAAGAAGAGAGGGGCUGCCUUGGCAGCACAAAAAGAAGAGUAUAGAGAGGAAAAUGAAAGAGUACAGGGAGAGAAGCGAGAGAGAUGGGCAAAGUUAGACGCCAAGCUGAAACCAAAGCAAACCUCAAAUGCGCUUGCUGGAGACAAGAGAAAGAGGAUUGACGAGGAGCCCGGCCCUGCUUCUGCCCCCAAGAAAAGAGGAAGACCCAAGAAGGUUAGGCCUGUAGAGGAAGAAGGGGUUGUGAAGGAGAAGAAGAAGAAGAAGCGUGGGAGGCCUCGGAAGGUGGUUCAGGUUCAGGAACCGAUUCCUGACUACACCGAUGAGGCGGGGGAUGAUGGGUCGUUGGCAGCAGCGCUUGUUGCUGGCUUGUCUGGGGAUGCCGUUGAGUUGGAUGAGGCUGAUGCGGCGUUGGCAGCACAACUCAUGGCUAGCUAUGCCGCCGACGACGACGAUGUCAUCAAUGCGGCAGCUACUGUGGAGCUCUCAUGCCAACUACAAGGGCAAGAGAAGGAGAGCGGCGUUGCCGCAGCCAUCGCUGACGACCUCCCGGCUGCCUGUUCGGAAGAGGCCCCAGCGACUGAGAAUGCUGCAAGGGUAGACAGCCUGUUUCCAGAGCAAGCACAAGAGGGAGAGGGCUGUGCUGAUCCAGCCGCCGAUAUCUACGACUUGGACUCCCUCUUUGGGGAUGAUCCUGUGGCUGCGCAUGUGGAGGAGGGUUGUGUUGAUGAAGCCAUGGAGGAUGGCGACGACAAGGACUCGUUACUCGACGACAUUGAUUCCACUGAUAAUGUGGAGAUAGACAGGCUUCCUCAAGAGCAAGCCAAUGAGGAGGCCACCGACCUCAGUGAUCCACUGGCUGAGAUUGUGGCGUUUGCUCUCACGGAUGACGGUUCUUGGAGGGAUGACAGUUUCCUUUUUGGGGAUACUGGGAAUGAUAUUGGUGAGAAGCUAGACAGCAUACCUGACUUCUAG